AGUCUGAAGCAGACGUCAACAUGCGGAGAUUUCAUAUCAAAAAAUGUUUUCCUAUUGUAACAAUCGGUAUUUAUUUAGUUUUAAUUAUUCACGUAUAUGAAUCACAAAUAUGGCGGCCACAUAGGACAUUAAAACAAACACAAGUAAUCCGAAUUGUGAAGAAAAAUAUAUUAAAAUACAACGACAGAGAGGAUAUUGUAUGUGUAAAUUUCAAAGGACGACUCGGAAAUCUUAUGAUUGAAUACGUGUUCCUAUACAUAAUAGCAAAGAUUAAAAAGCUAUAUCCUAUUCUUCCAGAAAAUUCAGAAUUGGUUCAAGUGUUUAAUAUUCAACAUACUACACUUUCGGCAAUAAAAAGACUCCCGAACGCAUGUUCAAAACUACCUCUACACAAAGAAAGAUGGGGACUUUCAUAUGAUGAGAAUUUGCUCAGUGUGCCGUCUUCCAAAGGAGUGAGAUUUGAUGGCUACUUUCAAUCAUGGAAAUACUGGAUAAAAUAUGAAGAGGAAAUUCGAAAUAUUUUAACUUUCAAAGAAUCAAUACGGAAAAGAGCAUACACUCAGAUGAGGGAUAUCCUAAAUCAGAUGAAGUUUAUUGCAAAUAAGAAUAACGUUGUAGUUAGUGUACAUAUUCGAAGAGGGGAUUAUGCAACAAUCGGGCAUUAUAAAUACGGCAAACUCACACCAACAGAAACUUACUAUAAGAAUGCCAUGGACUAUUUUAAAAAGAGAUAUCGACAUGUAGUGUUUGUUGUUGGUUCUAAUGAUAUUGAAUGGUCUAAAAGGGCUUUAGCAACCGAAAAGAAUGUUUACUACUCAACAGGGAAUUCAGCAGCAGAAGACAUGGCCCUGCUUUCUCUCGCUAAUCAUACCAUCAUGUCUGUGGGAACUUUUGGCUGGUGGAUUGGAUGGAUGGCGCGAGGAAUCACUAUUUUUUAUAAGAAUAUCUUUAGGCCCGGAUCUGAAUUUGCCAAAGAGUUCCGAAAUAAUUCCAUUGAUGACUUCAUUUAUCCUGGGUGGAUUCCAAUGGAGUAAAAAUGAAAUGUAUGUGAAAUACCAGUAAAGAGGAAAAUAAACCUAAGUAUCAAUAAUCCACCAACCCGAAGGGAUCAAUUGACAAUGGUUUCGCAUAUUUUUGACAAUGUUUCAUUAUUAUUUUCCUUUAAAUGUAUAUCAUUUUUAGAUCGAGUAUG